CCGAAACGGGAAGUGGGCUCGGAACCCCAGAAGCCGGGAGCAGAGCCUGCCUCCGCGCGCCCUAGCGACCCGCCACUGGCCCUGUCCCUGUCCCGAGUGUUAGAGCCCCCUCCCCCCCUCCGAGCCCCGCGAACUCGUGAGAUCAUGUCGAACAUGGAGAAACACUUAUUUAGCUUGAAGUUUGCUGCAAAAGAACUUAAUAGGAAUGCCAAGAAAUGUGAUAAAGAAGAAAAAGCUGAAAAGGCCAAGAUAAAAAAGGCCAUUCAGAAAGGCAAUACAGAAGUUGCAAGAAUUCAUGCUGAAAAUGCAAUCCGUCAGAAAAACCAGGCAAUCAAUUUCUUGAGAAUGAGUGCUAGGGUUGAUGCUGUGGCAGCCAGAGUUCAAACUGCAGUAACGAUGGGCAAGGUGACAAAAUCCAUGGCAGGUGUAGUUAAAUCUAUGGAUGCUACAUUGAGGAGUAUGAACCUUGAAAAGAUUUCUGCCUUAAUGGACAAAUUUGAACAUCAGUUUGAAACAUUGGAUGUUCAAACACAACAAAUGGAAGAUACAAUGAGUAGCACUACAACCCUAACAACACCACAGAACCAAGUGGAUAUGCUGCUUCAGGAAAUGGCAGAUGAAGCUGGCCUUGAUCUCAAUAUGGAGCUUCCACAGGGGCAGACAGGCUCUGUUGGUGCAAGUGUUGCUUCUACGGAGCAGGAUGAACUGUCACAGAGGCUUGCUCGUCUUCGUGAUCAAGUGUAAUUUAAAUAACUGGUGCUUCUGUUUCCUCCACAUGUGUCUGAAACAGCCUCUGUGUUCGUAUAUAUAAAGUUGCACUCUAGUUAGAAAAACAUUAUACAUGCCAGAAUGUUUGAACAUUAUUUAUAUUUGAUGCUUUAUUUUGCCUUGUGUAAUUUGCAGUGCAUUAAGAAAUUCCAGGGAAUUUCCACAUUGGCAGAUUUUAUAGUUCAGAAUAUUAUGUGUAAAGGUGUAAGGGACAUAUUUUUGUAGAUGUCUUUGACAAAGAUAGCAUUAAUUUUCUUUAUAUUAUACAUCUUCCUCAAAUAGAGAAAACAUCUAGCACCAGAGUACUACUAACUAAAGUAAUUUUGUCAGAAUAAAGGCUUUGUUUUUUUUAUUGAAAGGAAUUUUCAAUCAUUGCGAUGAAAUGUGAUUUUGUAAAAAUAAAAACAGGGAAAGCAUGUUUAUUUAAUAUGUUUACAUAGCCCCAAGUGUCACAAAAUAGGCUGUAUCAUUUUCUAUAGGACUUUUAAAAAUUAAUUUUAUUUUGUAUGUGUGGUUGUUUUGCCUGCAUAUAUAACUGUAAUACUUGUGUCCUUGGUGCCCACAGAGGCCAGAAGAGGACAUUGA